GACACCGCGAACGCCUUCCUCAACUACGCGACAUACUCCGACUACGCAACCAAAGCUUCUUCUCCAGGCAACUACUCCACGGCCUUCACCAACAAGCAAGCUUCCACCGACGAGAUCGGCUACCGCGGAGUCUUCACGCUGGACAAAUACGACCCGAGCCUUUGUGCUGCCAAAUGCAACAGCGACAAGGACUGCCUCGGCUUCAACAUCUUCAUCCAACGCGAGCCCAAACUCCGCCCCGACUACGACGUCUGCAAGAACCCCGACCCGACUGCCAACGUCAAGUGCACGCUCUACGGCUACCCGGUUAGUGCUGAGACGGCCACCAACAAGGGAGCGUACUUCAGCGAGUUCCAGUCCGUCAUCGUAGCUUCGAAUGGCUACAACAAGGAGAACUACGCCGCUCCCAUGGUCCCCAGUUUCUUUACUCCCGAAGGCCCACUCGCUGGUGCGGUCCAGGACAGUAGCUACUACCUGUACGAGCUGUACACCAGCGGAUUCGAUCCCAGUCUCUGCGGCAAAGGGUGCAAGGCCAACACUGCAUACAACGAGGCGCAUCCGCCUGCGUCGGGAAAACCGGUUCGUUGCUUCGCCUUCAAUGCUUACAUCCAGUACAAAAACGGUAGCCCUGAAGGUACUUUCUGCAGUUACUUUUCCUAUGCUGUAAAUGCGUCAUCCAAAGCUACUAAUGUCGGCGAGACGCGUGGCAGUGAUCGCAUUACGAUUAGCAACUCGUACUUCUAC